GGCCCCACCCCCGUAUAAAAAUAAGCGCGGGUUGGCGGGAGUUGGGCUGUUACUGCUGUAAGGGGUGACAAGCAGCAGCUAUGCAGGCGUUUCUGAAAGGCCCGUCCUCCAUCAGCACCAAAGCGCCAGCCUCCAAGGAGCGAGGGACGGCUGCCGCCGCAGGAGCUAGCGGCGAGGGCAAGAGACUCAAACCCAUCCCUUGGGUGGAGAAAUAUCGUCCGAAGUGUGUGGAUGAAGUUGCAUUCCAAGAGGAAGUUGUUGCUGUACUGAAAAAAUCCUUAGAGGGAGCUGAUCUUCCCAAUCUCUUGUUUUAUGGCCCACCUGGAACAGGAAAGACUUCUACUAUUUUGGCAUUAGCCAGAGAACUCUAUGGACCCGAAUUGUUCCGACAGAGAGUUCUUGAGUUAAAUGCUUCUGAUGAACGUGGAAUACAAGUGAUUCGAGAGAAAGUGAAGACAUUUGCUCAGCUAACGGUGUCUGGAAGUCGUUCAGAUGGUAAGGUUUGUCCUCCUUUUAAGAUUGUGAUCCUGGAUGAAGCAGACUCCAUGACUUCAGCCGCUCAGGCAGCCUUGAGACGCACUAUGGAGAAAGAAUCUAAAACUACACGCUUCUGCCUUAUUUGUAAUUACAUCAGCAGAAUAAUUGAACCCUUAACAUCUCGAUGCUCCAAAUUCCGUUUCAAGCCCCUGACUGAUAAAAUCCAACAGCAGAGACUAUGGGCUGUUUCUGAAAAGGAAAAUGUGAAAGUUAGCAAUGAGGCAAUGUCUUGUCUUGUUCAAGUGUCAGAAGGAGACUUAAGAAAAGCAAUCACAUUUCUUCAAAGUGCUACUCGAUUAACAGGUGGGAAAGAGAUCACAGAGAAGGUUGUCACCGAAAUUGCAGGGGUUGUCCCUAAGGAAACAAUUGAUGGACUGCUAUCUGCCUGUCAAAGUGGCUCUUUUGAAAAACUGGAAACUGUAGUUAAGAAUCUGAUAAAUGAAGGGUAUGCUGCUGCUCAGCUUGUAAACCAGCUUCAUGAUGAUAUUGUUGAGAGAGAGGAUCUCACUGACCAGCAGAAAUCUAUUAUUGCAGAGAAACUUGCUGAGGUAGACAAAUGCUUGACAGAUGGUGCAGAUGAGUACUUGCAAUUGAUCAGUCUCUGUGCCGUUGUGAUGCAGCAGCUAACUCAGAAUGGCUAGUUCUUCAGGGAGAAAUUGUGCCAGCUUAAUUUCUCAGUUCUGAUCUUCAGAUUGCUUUAUUGAUGUUACUGCUCUCUCAAAACAGCAAUCUGUACAUUUAUUUUUGUGGUUUUGUAAUAGACUGCCAAACAACUGAAAAACUCAUUCUAGGAACUGAACACUUGCUAUUUUGACAUAAUCAAGGCUUCACACUUGUAGCUACACCUCACAAUUCAGAGGGCUUGAAAGAAACAGCUGGAUGAAGAAUGAGCAGGGGCUGGAUGCCACUAAUUGAGCUCUAGUACUUGCUGUCAUCUCAUAGUGGUGGGGG